AGAAAAAUUAAUGGAGCAGUACGGAGGAGAAAUAAUUCAAGAUUUGAGCAAAUAUAUCAACGAUGGUGUCGGUGGGCCGACACAGUUUCAGGUGAUUCCUCCGACGUCGGACAUUUACUCCGACCACCGACAACAAUACCAAAUGGGCUUUCCUCAGCCGGCCAUGAAUCAUGAUGAUGCAUUAAUCUUGCCUCAAACUUUAAGAAAUCAAUUACACCAAGAUUUUCGAUCCGACGUCUCUAAUACUGUCCACGUCGGCGCCGACCUUACUCCGGCUGAGUUGGACAUUCCCGGCGAAGAUUCCGGCUCAGGAUCAAGGUGGCCACGGCAAGAGACUUUAACUCUGCUUGAAAUCAGAUCUAGCCUUGAUUCUAAGUUCAAAGAAGCUAAUUCAAAAUCCCCACUUUGGGAUCAAGUCUCAAGGAUAAUGGCAUCCGAACAUGGAUAUUGUAGAAAUGGGAAGAAAUGCAAAGAGAAGUUCGAGAAUUUGUACAAGUAUUACAAGAAAACUAAGGAUGGAAAAGUUGGUAAGCAACAACAAGGUCACAAUUAUAGAUUCUUUCGACAACUCGAAUCUAUCUUUGGAGAAACUGACCAAUUAAUUCAUCAAGAAAUUCAAUCUAAGAAGUCGUCAUAUAAACAUGAUGACGAUUUAUAUGGUGGUAGAAGAGGAUGGAAGGUUAAGAUGAAGAGUUUAAUUGACUUACAAGUGAGGAAGCUAAUGGAGAAGCAAGAGGAAUGGCUUGAGAAUGUGUUAAAGAUCAUAGAAAGGAAGGAACAAGAAAGGGUUUUGAAAGAAGAUGAGUGGCGAAUGCAAGAGGCAACUCGUGUCGAGAAAGAAUUUGAAUUUCGAGCUAAGGAGAGGGCGUGGAUUGAAGCACGGGAUGUUGCUAUUAUGGAUGUCAUUCGAAAAUUAGCACCACAAGAAAAAGAUCAAAUGAUAUCAAUCAAUAACAAGAAACAUGUAAAAGCAUUAGCAAGAAGAAGCACAAAGAAAAUCCGAGAGAUUCUUUAGGUUACAUUCAAAGGAGGGAACAAGCAUUGGAACUAGAGGAAACUUAUGAAGUUGUUUCCAAACAAGGUCGUCUAUCAAUUUAAUUUUAAGAUUUAGGUGGAAGAUUUCAAUAUCUUGUUAUGGAGAUACUAUUAAUCAAAUGAAGGUCAAGGUAAGUUUUUUUUUUAUUUAGUUGAAAACUAAUUCUAGAUUGCAUUAA